CUGGAUAACCUGGUACUCAUCAACAAGAUCAAGGAGCAGCUGAUGGCUGAGAAGAUCCGACCCCUGCACCUGCCAACCAAUUCAGCCCCUUCCCAGCAAACCCUGCUGGUGGCCUCCUCCCCCUUGGACGGGGGGCAGCACAGCAUGCUCAUGCCCAAGCCCCAGCAGGGCCAGCAUCACCCCCAGGGCUCGGUCCAGCAGCCCGACAUCGCCCUGCAUGCCCGCCCAGCCUCCAGCUCUGUACCAGGUAGGUACUGUAACAGUGUUUGCGGUCUGCUGUCUGCUCACCACAUGGGUGCACACUGGAGAUACCACUUGGCUCUGGUGAUGCUCGAGACCUGUUCAAUGGUGCGUCUCAAUUGUCUGAAGUGGCUUCCCUUCCGCAUCUCCUCUGCAUUGAUUUCCGAACGCAUAGAUGAAAGUCAUAUGGUAGAUGCCUACCAGUCCAGUUUUUAAUCAUUCCCAUUGUAUUAUAGAGCAUUGUAAGAUUUCAGGAUGGAUGUUGAGUAGAAAUUGGUGCUAUUUAUAAAGUGAUUUUCUCAUUUGUCCCUCAGUUAGAUCAGUUAAUUUUAUUACCUUCAAUCUCGAUGAUGCAGACGUGAAUAUGGAUGACAAGUCAGCAGUGAAGGCCAAAGGACUGUGGGAUGAGUGGCACAUGCGACAGAUCGUAGAGCAGCCCUCUAGAGUCAACCAUCGGUCAGGUAAUAACCACACCCCCUUUCUCAUGGGAAACAUACAUGUACAAUCAUCAAUUAAAACAUUCAACAGCAGUGUAGUACACGGCAAAGGAUGAGACAAGAGCCCAAAAAUAUUUCAGUGUAACACGGUCCCUUAUUAGUUUGCGUAAAAGCUCAGUCUUUCAGCAAGCUAAAUCGCUAACUUUUUGCAUGGCUUAUCAUUUGUAAGUCUUCAUGUGCCCAUACACAGGUCUGGCCCCUAUGUCCCGGCCGGACGGCCACAGCAUUUCGGAAGCCCUCACCCCCACCACCCCCACCUCCAGCAGCCAGAACCGACUGGGAGGGACCCCAUCGGUCAACAUCAUCUCUGGGCUGGCCAGCAGCCCUGGCAUGGAACAGAUAAAGAGCGGGGGCCUGGCCGGACUCCUCGGCCCACCACCCAAGACUCCCCGUGGGCGGAAGAAGAUCAAAGCGGAGAGUGGAGGGCCUCUGCUGGUGGUGCCCUACCCCAUCAUGGCCUCUGGUGCCGACCAGGGCUGUAUCACCUUCCCUGCUAAAGAGGGCAAAACCUACAGGUAUGGUUACUUCAACAACAAACAAAAAAGUUUUAGUUUCGCUUAGUUUAAUGUCUUAUCUCUUAAAUAAUCACCCAUUUCAAUGGUUUUUGACCUACUUGAGAUAUGUAGUUAAGUUAUAUGCACAUAUCAGUAACACUUUACUUUAAGGGGGUACAUACAGUACAUAAGGCAUUCAGUCAUGACACCUUAUUAAGUGCCUUAUUGAGUGUUGCAGUAUCAUUCAUAAAACAACCUUCGUUCGUGACAAAAGAUUUGACCCUGUCCCAUUUGUAUGUAUCCCUCCACCCAGAUGCAAAGUGUGUCCGCUCACCUUCAUGUCAAAGUCAGAGAUGCAGAUCCACUCCAAGUCCCACACGGAGGCCAAGCCUCACAAGUGUCCCCACUGCUCCAAGUCCUUUGCCAACGCAUCCUACCUGGCCCAGCACCUCCGCAUCCACCUGGGCAUCAAGCCCUACCACUGCUCCUACUGCGAGAACUCCUUCCGCCAGCUCUCGCACCUGCAACAGCACACCAGGUCAGUUGAGUUCACCUUCAUGGAAUAGAAAGGGAUGGAGGGAAAGAAGUCGUCCACCACAAUCCACACCAUUUGAAAAUGUGUCUGUUGCUUCAUAAUGACAUUGACAACAUAAAAAAUAUAUUUUAAACCGGAGCAUUCCAUUGAUGUAUUGCUGGAAUGUACAGUAGCUUUCCAUCAGUGACACUGCCAUUGGGUAGUAAUAUGAAAUGUAUGAUACAGUGAAUGUAUCCAUUAUUUUAUAACUGUCAUAAAUACAGUAUGUUUACACCAUAUUCUUUUACAUGUUAUUUUGUAAUUACAUUAUAUUUUCUGCUGUAAUUGCUCAAUAAACCGUAAUAUUUCAGUUCAUUCUCUCUAACAUGAAUCUAUCGUCCUCUGUAUGUGUCUUAGAAUCCACACUGGUGACAGACCCUAUAAAUGUGCGGCCCCUGGAUGUGAAAAGGCCUUUACCCAGCUCUCUAACCUCCAGGUCAGUACUAGCUACAUCAUAACAGGAAUAAUAAUCCUUUACAGUCCAUCUCCCAGUCCUGAAUGGCACCGAGCCGAUUGAUAAUGUUAAGGCCGAGGCUGUGGAUCUGUUGGUAACCACCCUGUCCUGCCCCCCUGGAUCCCUUUCCCCCAGAGCUUGAAGAUCUUUACCUCUACUUGAUGCACACAUUUUUGUGACCGUGAAUGAUAAAUUCUGUUUUACCGCUGAAAUGUCCAUGCAGCAUCUGCAUACCAACCAUUUGAUCUUAAUCAGUUUCAUGGGGAUAUGAAUUUAGAUCUUCUUGAGUUAUACAGUGUUGUUUCGAAGUAGCCUACAAGGCUGUUUUGAAUAAUUUACAGUGAGCGAAUUUUAGAGCAGACGGUGUUAACAAACUGUAGCAUAGCCUACCUGUGUUUAGUUUCAAUCGAAGCACAUAUUUUGCCUAGUGGCGCACACUGUUGAGUUUGGGCUACAUGAGAAAAAUGUGACCAUUAGCACAAUCAUCCUAAAAAAAGAAAUUAGGUUGUGUUUUUUGGCUUACAGUAAUGUUAUACUAUGCUAUUAUAUUCGGUUCUGUUAUUAAGCAAUAAGGCACAAGAGGCAGUGCUGUAUCAUGAAUACAGUCACAGGUAAAUGCCAUUGUUCAGCCCAACGCGAUACAGCACUGCCUCUCGUGCCUUAUUUGCUUUGAUAAAACUGUUACCAACAUCUUAAAAUAACAAGGUAUUACAUAUUUUAAUUAAAACUUUAUUUUGAUAAGUCAAUUCAUACAAUUUCAUUCUUCCACCAGAAGAUAUAGUCCGGACAAAAGUCUGGUUAUUUUGGGCAUGUUGCUACAGAUGCGACCCAGGUAUUAAUUAUUUUUGCAUAGUUGCUAUGCCUAGGCAAAAGGACUGGUCGUCCAUUCUAAACAAAAUGGUUGCUAUGCAAGCUGGAUACAUAACGUUCUUGUCACUUGCUAGCUAGCUAGCUAGCUAGCCAACUUCAGCUAACUCAGUCACGUCAAACAUUGAACCUGGAAUGACAGUACACUAGCUGCAUUUUUGUUUGUUGUAGCUUUUUCUCUAUUUGCAUUUACUUGGAUGUCCAUGAUAAUGACAUUGAUGAGUGAAUACGACUGGCUCAGAAAAAGUUGUCUUGUGUCGCUUGGGCACCGUUCACUCUAGGUAUGGUACUACAGAGAUCAAAAUUCUAAAGUGAAACUUUCUUUCCGCGGUCGGACAGGCAGACAGCGAGGCUUAUAUUAACCCCCACUGUAACUAAAUACUAGGCUGGAAGCAAGGGUAAAUAAUGUGCGAGUUGAGAUAAAUACAAGAGAUGAUUCGGACAGCAGCAUGAACAUGAUAUUCUUAUGGAGGCGUAGUCAUACUUUUCAGAAGGAACUGUUAGCAGGCAUAGCUGUGUCUGUGACGGCCAAUAUAGCACGGCUUGGAACGCCGCUUGUCCAAUCAGCAUCCAGGAUCCAAACAACCAGUUUAUAAUGUAGAAUACUAUCAUUAUGUGAUCUUCCAGACAUUGAUUCAGCUUUGAUCUAACUUUAUUAAACGAGCACCAUUCGCCAGAGUAGCCUGUUCUCUAUGAGUAGAGAGUAGAGCAGAGACUGCGUAAAGUAGGGAAUCCCGCACAAAUGCUUAGAAGCUCCGGGACCUUUAGCUGUCGGGAAGAGGGGUCCAGAAAAGUUGGGAUCCGCAGUCACUUCGUAAUGUUAAAGGUGCUACAUGUAACAAUUCAACCUGAAAUUAGCCCUAAAUGGCAAUGGUAUACUGCAGAAUUAAAGGAAUAAGAUUCCAGGAGAGAAGAAUAUAGGUAUUUUUAAGCCGUAUUAUUCAAAAAGAAUGUAUAACAAGAGACCUAAAUUGGAUAUCAUUGCUGAACAUGUCGAGCAACAUUGUCAACUCAACCAUACAAUACCUUUUCUGGGAUGCUCUGAAUGAUAGUUAUCCUGCAAUGAGUGACUGGGUUGCUCUUACCUCUUCUCUCUCGCUCUAUGUAGUCCCACCAGAGGCAGCACAACAAGGACAAGCCGUACAAAUGUCCCAACUGCUACCGUGCCUACUCAGAUUCAGCAUCGUUACAGAUCCACCUGUCUGCGCACGCCAUCAAAAAUGCUAAGGCGUACUGCUGCAGUAUGUGUGGCCGGGCAUACACCUCAGUGAGUAUCCUAUCCCACUAUUCAGUAUUAGGUGUUAGUAGUAGUAGUAGUAGUAGUGUCAGCAAAUACAAGGCAUUACUAUGGUCCUGGUCAAUUAUAGUGUCUGUGAACAUUUGCUCAAGCUGGACAUUAUGAUAAUUAAGCACGAUUAUGCUCACCACAUGUAGAAAUAAUCUACAGUGGUCAAAGAAGAUUGAAUAUUAACUGAAUCAGUUUCAGUUGCUUCCUGACUUUUACAAAAACCUGCAUGCACGAGUCAUGACUGCAUUUUGGAAGCAGGGUUGCCAACCUGUUCCUGUGUUUACGCUUUUGUGUCGGGAAAACAAACCGGUUUUGAUCGUCCAUUUUGUGUCUUUGCAGGAGACCUACCUUAUGAAGCACAUGUCCAAACACACAGUAGUGGAGCACCUAGUGAGCCACCAGUCCCCUCAGAGGACAGAGUCCCCCAGUAUCCCAAUACGCAUCUCCCUCAUCUGAGUUCAGCAUUACUGUAUGUUGUUGUAUUAUUUUUCUAUAUAAGGCUGAAGUUUAGGGGCCCUGCACAUAAGGCCAUCGACACAAGGCCUACAUAUGCAUCACAUGACACCUGACAUUAAUUUACAAACCUUUGUUCCAUUUUUACACAGAUUGGGUCGGUUUAAAUGAAAACGAGCAUAGCGCAUUCUUUGGAAAGGUUUAUGUCAAUGGGGAAAAAAUGUCGGAUCAUGUCUGGUGUCGGAUACAACUGAGCGUUAUGCAAACGGUCUAAUGCAUUGGCUCUUAACAUUAAUGUUACGGAACAAUUAUUCCAUUAAAUGGGUUUCUAAAAUGUCAGUCAAUAUUUUCCCUUAUACCGAAACUAAAUGGAUUAAUAUUUUCUGGGUGUGUUCUGGCGACAUCCAAAGAUAAUCUUAAAGCACUUUCAGGCCUUGUGG